AUGAGGCGCAUCAACUGCAACAACGAGAUGGAGAAGCCAGAACUGGACUUGAUGACAAUCAGCGCUCUACCACCGGAAAUUCUUGUUGACAUUCUAUCGAGACUACCCGUAAAUUCGAUUUGUUGCAUGAGAUGUGUAUCUAAGGCCUUUUUAAAGACGGCUGAUGACCUCUUUCUUGCCACAAUGCACAUGCGGCGUCAUUUUCUAACCACGUGUUCUACUACUACCACUGAAGUUCCUCGACUUGUUUUUCUUGAUGAGCGUCCCUUUCGUAGAUAUGCCUUGUUGUAUCCAUUGAAAUACGAUGGCCACGACUUAUUGACAAAGAGCAAACAGGCAAUUGUUUCCUAUUUUGGAUCCAGACGGCAUUUUUAUUCUGCUGCUUUUGUUUUCUACAACUUGUUUGGCUUUACUAGAAGGUCAUGCUUUACUGGUCUUAAUCUGGAGAGGUCAUGCUUGUUGGUGAAUCCUUUCAAAGGAGAAGUUCUAAUGCUCCCCUCAGUGAGUGACGUCCAAGUUCCAUCCAAUAGUCUCUGCGAUGUUGAUUGGUACGGCAUGGGAUUUGAUAAUAUAACCAACAGCUUCAAGAUUGUUCGUGUUUCCACCAAUAAAAAAGACUACUUGGCGGCCGAAGUUCUUGUAUUGGGGACAAGCUCAUGGCGGGAGUUACACACAGUUCCUCCCUGCUUUCCAACCUGCAAGUCCGCAUAUGCACACGGAGACAUGCAUUGGUUGGUCCAUGGAGAUGACGGGUCGUCUGUAUGUAUACUUUCUUUCGACUUUCAGAAGGAAGAGUUCUAUUUAACACCUCCUCCUGCCUCCUUGGGGAAAAAGCCGGAUCUCUGGAAAUUUCUUCAUUUGCUUAAUUUCAAGGGAUAUUUGGCCCUAGUGAAUCUUUCUUCACUAGAGGAUAGAGAUAUGAAGACAUGGAAAAUAAAAUUUGUUGAGAUAUGGGGAUUGAAAAAUUACAAUAAUAACGAGUGGGUGCUAAAUUAUAAAUUAGAUUCGAAAGAUCAUCUUUUUGAAGAUUUGGAGCCUACUAGUCUUUCUAAGUGUGGCGAAUGGGAGCACGGCAUAUUUUUCAAUGACGAGAGCGAUUGCAGUACAUAUACAUUCUUUAUGGAUCUAAGACAUAUUUCCAUGAAGUAUGUACUACUCGAAGAAUUUAUGGAGAGACUUUGA